GUGUCUCGAUCAGAUCCACCUUCAGACUGAACUAACAACGUCCUCUGAGUGAGUUCAUCUACAGGAGAGAGGAGGAGGAAACUACAACACUGCAGACGCUCCACACACUGAAGCGUCACUCAGAGACAAAAUGGCUUCCAGGUUAGAGGAGGAUCUCUGCUGUCCUGUCUGCCUCGACAUCUUUAAAGAUCCCGUCAUCCUGUCAUGUAUCCACAGCUUCUGUAAAGACUGUCUGAAGAGCUGCUGGGCAGAGAAAGAGAUCAGAGAGUGUCCAGUCUGUAAGAGAAGAUCUUCAAAGGAAAUACCACCCCCUAACUUUGCUUUAAAGAACCUGUGUGAGAGCUUCUUACAGGACAGAGAUCAGAGAGCUUCAGAGAAUCUCUGCAGUCGGCACUCUGAGAAACUCAAACUCUUCUGUCUGGACCAUCAGCAGCCGGUGUGUCUCGUCUGCAGAGACUCGGACCAACACACCCACCACAGAUUCAGACCCAUCGAUGAAGCUGCACGACAACACAAGAAGGAACUUCAGGAAACUCUGGAGCCUUUAAAGAAGAAGUUAAAGGUUUUGGAAGAAGUUAAAGUGAAGUUUGAUCAGACAGCAGAACACAUGAAGGUCCAGGCCCGACACACAGAGAGGCAGAUUAAGGAUCAGUUUAAGAAGCUGCACCAGUUUCUAGCAGAGGAAGAGGAGGCCAGGAUGGCUGCACUGAGGGAGGAAGAGGAGCAGAAGAGUCAGAUGAUGAAGGAGAAGAUGGAGGCUCUGAGCAGAGAGAUAGCAGCUCUUUCACACACAGUCAGAGCCACAGAGGAGCAGCUGAGAGCUGAAGACGUCUCAUUCCUGCACAACUACAAGGCUGCAGUGGAAAGAGUUCAGCAGCGCCCCCUGCUGGAGGAUCCACAGCUGCCCUCAGGAGCUCUGAUAGACCAGGCCAAACACCUGGGCAACCUGAGCUUCAACAUCUGGAACAAGAUGAAGGACAGGGUCUCCUACACUCCUGUGGUUCUGGACCCAAACACUGCUUAUCCAGAACUCAUCCUGUCUGAAGAUCUGAGCAGUGUGAGACGAGGACAGAGACAGAAGCUUCCUGAUAAUCCAGAGAGGUUUGAUGUUUACAGGGUUGUCCUGGGAUCUGAGGGCUUUAAAUCAGGGACUCACAGCUGGGACGUCGAGGUUGGAGACAGUACAUACUGGUCACUGGGUGUGUGUGCAGAGUCUGUCAAGAGGAAGGGAGACAAACUGUCUGGAUUGUGGAGAAUAAUGUUAUACAACGGUAAAUACUCAGCAGACUCACCAUCAGCUCCAUUUACUGAUCUUGUAGUGCAGAAGAAGCUCCAGAGGAUCAGAGUGAAUCUGGACUGGACCAGAGGAAAUCUGUCGUUCUCUGAUCCUGAUACUAACACACACCUACACACCUUCAUACACACUUUCACUGAGAGGAUGUUUCCAUACAUUUGGCCUGUGGAUGAACUCCCACUGAAGAUAUCACCCCUGAAGGUGUGUGUGUCAGUGGAACAGAGCAGCACAAUACAAGAAGUAUUUCAUCUCUGGACGGCCCUUAAAUAAAACUUUCUCUCUCUGCAGUAAUGAUGAAUGAUUGCCAACAGGACAUUUCCAGGCACUGGGCACCAUUACGCUGUGUCUUACAUCACACGAGGCACACAAGUUUUAGGUUAAAUAAUAUGGUCCAGGAAGGGAAAAGAUAGCCAAUUCAAUUCAAUCAUUCAGUCUCAUAAAAAGGUACUAAACUCUUUAUAACUCUGAUUAAUGAUUAACUUGACUACAAUCAAAUUCACCAUAACAGCUAGUAAUGGUUGAAGGAUUGUGGAGAUCUUGACAGUGCAGAGUAAGAGAGGAAGAACAAGGAAGGUUUUGGAGUUUUGUUCAUCUGAUCAGAGGGCGUCUGUCACCCUGACCAGUUGUAGUUGAACUGGGAAUUCUGGUAGACUGAGUUCAGUUCAGAGUCCAUUUUGAGAUCCAUAGUGAACGACUUCAUCUGUGGGUCCCAACACUGUGUUAUACUAUUGGCCGACAAACCUCAUUAGAAACUAAACCAAGUGUCAGAAUUCUGACACAGAGAUAAACAGAACAAUUAAUUUGAAUCUGACAAAUAUUUUUAAGUAAAAGAGGGACUUUUAAUCUGCACCAUUCUACGAGGACUAUAUACAUUUUAUUUCUAAUAUGAUUUGUCAACAUACAAAUGAUGUCAAAGUUUUGUUUAAAUUAUACAUCAUAUGAUUCAAGUCGUUACGCUUCACCUGCUCCUCCUGCCGUCUCAUCAUUCAGAAAACAUGUUUGUUCAUUUUUAAUGUUUUGUUUUUGUUUUUGUUUUGACAGUUUCCUUUGUGUUUCUGUUGUCGACCUUUUCAUGACUAAAAUGAUUGUUUAGUUUCUGAUCUCAAUGUGUGUGUGUGUGUGUGUGUGUGUGUGUGUGUGUGUG